CUAUCUUGAUAUUUCACUCGGCACAGGUGGUACGCUGUGCGGCAAUAUCUACUGCGUGCACGGAGGUUGCUUUUAUGGCAGUAUGCAUAUGAGUAUAUUUGGUUACUUAUACCCCUGUAAUUGUGAUGAUGGAUGGUAUGGCCAGCACUGUGAUCAACAAAUAUCAACGGCAAAAACAACAAAAAAGACGACGACAACAACAACUACUACGACUACAACAUCCACAGUAGCACCGACAACACCCGUGCCGACCACGCCCUUACCGACCACAAGCGCUCCACCUACCGCGGCACCAAUUUUCUAUCGCUGUAACCACGUCAGCACCAUUGCUUAUCAAACUCCUGUUUCUAACCCAAACGCUUCAAUAUGUGCGCGAGGACAGCACACAUCUCACGAAGCGUUUGUUCUCACGGAAUGCGAUGUACCUACAACUCCAGCCACAUGGAAACAGGGUGUCAACGUAAUGUCACGCUGUGCAAGCUCGAAUCCUAUACCAUACGACACCCCUAUAGCAAGCUUUGACCACGGACUUUAUUCGUCAGUUGGCAGUCUCUCAGGGGUGUUUCUCGGAUGUACAAGUGAUGGGUUCCAGAUUGCGUUCCAAACAUGCGGUCGGGCGCCUGAAAUAACCGAACUUCAGCUAGGAGAUCUCUUUAGCCAGACUUCAAUCAAUUACUUCACAAUAUCUUAAAUUCCUGAAAUGAAUUUAUAUUGCAUAAAAAUCUGCUGUGUAAUUCAAUUAUUCUAUAU